CCCCAUCCAAAUCCAAAUCCAAAUCCAAAUCCUACCACUGCCGUAGACGGCUUAUAUUCCAUUUCUUCUUCCUAUUGAUAACUCAUUCAACGGCCACCACCAAUAUCUCACCCACUCACCUCCGCCCUACGCCGCCAACAGCCACCGAAUGGAAGUUGAAGUAAAGCUCCGUCUACCAGAUUCCACUUCCCACCAGCGCCUCUCCACCAUCCUCUCCCCCCACCACCGCAAGACCCAUUUCCAGGAAAACGUCUUUUUCGACGGCACCAACGCCGAGCUCUCCUCCAACCUCGCUGUACUCCGCCUCCGCUUCUAUGACCUUGAUUCUCACUCCGUCCUCUCUAUCAAAGCCAAGCCGAUUAUCUCCGGCGGCAUCAGCCGCAUCGAGGAGCAGGAAGAACCCAUUGACCCCGCAAUUGCCCGCCAAUGCGUGGCUGAACCCUGGAGGCUAUUGCUCAUCAGUUCGUCGGAUAUAAUCCGAAGAGUGAAGGAAGAAUACAAUGUGAAGGAUAAUGGGCUUGUGUGUUUAGGGGGAUUCAGGAAUGUGAGAGCAAUUUAUGAAUGGAAUGGACUGAAAUUGGAACUUGAUGAAACGCAUUAUGGAUUUGGUACGUGUUACGAAAUUGAAUGUGAAAGCUCCGAGCCUGAAGUUGCUAAGAAUUUGCUCGAGGAAUUGUUGAAUAGCAACGGGAUUCACUACAAGUAUUCAGAGGUCUCCAAGUUUGCAAUUUUUCGAUCUGGAAAAUUGCCUCUGUGAAGUACUCUGUAUUGUACUGUGCAAAUAAGCAAGUGAUUAAAAUACGUAACUUUUUAAUGUAUACUUCUAAGUAAUUCAUGAGUAAUGUUUCUCCUUCUCAUAA